GUCGACACACAAACACGAAGCAUUCCAUUUCCAUCCAAUUCCUCUUUCCACUGCCCUGAAAAUUCCCAUACAUGGCUAAGUCCCCAGAAGAAGAGCAUCCUGUUAAAGCCUUUGGCUGGGCUGCCAAAGACGUGUCUGGCCAUCUCUCCCCCUUCAACUUCUCUAGAAGUCUGUGUUCAACUGGUGCGUAUGUGUUUUGUGCAGAGCAACUGGUGAAGAGGACGUGAGGUUUAAGGUGUUGUAUUGUGGGAUAUGUCACACAGAUC